UCAGUCUGCCUGCGGAAGUGAAUGUGGCAUAGGACUUAAAAACUAAACGAUGUCAGGACUGUUUGGUUCAGAAUGGGAGACAUUGGGUUCAGCGGCAAUACGAAAGCCAAAAACCCAACUAAGCUUUACUACCAGCAUGGGCCGGACGAUGCACAUUGAGUUGGAAACCCCUGCCAACACACUCAGCAUCUGUAGAGAUGCAUCACAAGUUGUCAUCGCUGGUAGAACUUUGUUCAAGAUUUUCUGCAUCGAAGAUGAAGAGUUUGUUGAGAGAGCUAAUUUACGUGUUGGUAAAAAGAAUCUAAAUUAUAGUAGCGUGGAUGUAGUAUGGCACCCCAAUGAUGAUAACGUUUUAGCCUCUGCUGCGACAAAUAGUGCAGUUAUCACAUGGAAUCUAGGCAAGGCAUCAGGAUUUAAACAAGAUCAUGUCUUCAACGAUCAUCGUAGAACAGUAAAUAAAGUGUGUUUCCAUCCCCGUGAUGACAUGCUGCUUAGUGGAUCACAAGAUGGACUUAUGAAAAUUUUUGAUCUAAGGAAGAAAGAGGCAACCAUUACCUUUAAUGGUCAAUCGGAGAGUGUUCGUGAUGUGCAGUUUAUGCAGUUCCAAUACUUUUCAUUUGCAGCAGCUUUUGAAAAUGGGAAUAUCCAGCUUUGGGAUAUCCGAAGAGCUGAUAAAUUUUACCAGCAGUUCACCGCACACAAUGGUCCAGCAUUUAGUUUAGAUGGGCAUCCUGAAGAAAGACAAUGGUUAGCCACAGCUGGUCGAGAUAAAUCGAUAAAGAUAUGGGAUCUACAGUUCAAGCCUGUCUUGAUGCACACAGUGCAGACAAUUGCACCUGUCACGCGGGUAAAAUGGAGACCGCAGCGGAAAUUUCACAUAUCUAGUUGUUCUUUGGUGAUAGAUCACACCAUUAAUGUAUGGGAUAUCAGGAGGCCAUAUAUUCCGUUUGCUACAUUUGAAGAGCAUAAAGAUGUUGCCACAGGUGUUGUAUGGAGACAUGAUCCACAUAUAUUUUUAUCUGCUUCCAAGGACUGUACACUAUACCAACAUGUUUUCAGAGAUGCCAAGCGCCCAGGAGAUAAAGCUAAUCCUGUUGGUGUAGAUAUCAACAUUUUCGGUGAUGUCUGUCACGCAGCGAGUGAUAACUUGGGUGGUGGUAGCCAUAACAGAGGUACAACUGCUAGUUACUCCUCUACUAAGGUACCAUCAUUCUUUAGAAAGAAUCCAGAACCAGAAGAGCAGACUCGAGCUGUCUGCAGCAAUGUAUAUGUAUUUACAAAUAAGCAAUCUAGGUUUUCUGAUUGGUUCUGUCUAAGUGCUAUGAAAUAUAAGUUAUCUGAUCGACCAUUUGGCGAGCUGUGUGACCACAAUGCUCAGGUAGCAGAGAAUUUUGGGAGACACCAGAAUGACAUUAACUCACAUAAUAACUCAAUCAUGAACACUGUUUCAAAUGUUGUCUCUCAGAUUUGUCAAUCAUGGAAGAUGUUAAAAUUACUGUCUGCACCUGAUGUGUCAAGUUCAACAUCAGCAACUUUCUUUGCUAUCCCUACUACAUCAGAUAAGGAAGAUAAAGCUGUUACAGGUACAGAGGUCCCGCUCAUGAGGAACGAAUCGCGCACUGACACCAACAUGGGAGAUUCCACUGGAUUGACAAGUGAGAAUGAAGAGUCGGAAACUAGUGAUGUAGAACACGACAGAGCUAUGACAUCACUGGCUAGCAACAUAGCCUCACAUUCAGUAUUUUUCGGAGAUGGAGAAGAUGACCUCCUGGACAUGUACCGAUACGACUAUUCCGGUAACGAAACUACGGAGGACUGGCACCUACCGACAGAGGCAUUCCAACCAAGACACGAGAUACGUGAUAGAUCUCCGUCACCUGACCAGUUACAGCAAGUUAGACCUGAAUCUCCAUCCAGCUGUAAUGAUUCUGAGACACUGAGUAUACACAACCAAUUUUUAUCAAUCCCAACAUCUGAUAAUAUAAAUCCUAUGCCGAUGUCGGCAGUAAUCUCAACAUCACUUCAACCAUGGCAGUUCAAGCAAAUCAUACGUGACAUGCUACAUUUCUAUGCAGAACAGGGAGAUGUUCAAAUGACCGUUUCAGCAUUAAUAGUUCUUGGUGAUCGUAUUCGUAAUUUGAUUGAUGAAACGACACAGGAACUUUGGUUUAUGUCAUACAUAGAGUUAUUAUGUAGAUUUCAAUUAUGGGUAGUAGCAACAGAAAUUAUUAAACUAAGUAAUCAUCAUGCUGUCGGUGCAUUAAAUCAGGCUUCAACUACUAUUCAUACAAACUGUAAUAAGUGUAAUAAAUCUCUCAUAACAAGUGGAUGGGUGUGUAAUCGUUGUCAGAGUAUUACUAAUACAUGCUCAAUAUGUCAUCACGUUGUGAAAGGUUUAUACGUUUGGUGCCAAGGUUGUUCCCAUGGUGGACAUUUACAUCACAUUGAGGAGUGGCUGAAAAGCAGUUCAUGGUGUCCAGCAGGCUGCGGGCAUAAAUGUGAAUACAGCUGACAGAACCACGCCAUCUAUGGUGAGACAUGGAAAAGGACUUUAGUGUGAAUCAUCUUAUAAUGUGUAUCAUGGGAAUAAACUUAGAUUGUUUAUUCUGAGAACUUGGCUGGUCUCAUCUCUUCAAAUUCUAUUCAGAAGUUAUAAGAAUCCAUAAUGAAAACAAUGUCUCUAUGUAUUCUGGCUCGCAGACAAGAUUUGAUUGUGCACUUUGACCUGAUGUAAUGGAUAUGUGAUCUCUGACCUGAAUACAAUGUCAUCUGAAUUGUAAACACUAAGGACUCCAAAAUAACUACCUGAAAAUAAAAUGUGAACUAUGACAUUUAUUUUGUCUACCAUGUGACACUUGUGACUUAAAGAAAUGAGACAUUGACACAAUUAUUUGAACUAAGCUGA